UCGGCCAUGGCGCGGGGGCUGCUGCUGCUCAGCGGGCUCGUCCUGGCUCUGGCUUUGGUGGCGGAGAGGCGGGCGGCGUUCCGAAAACGGUUCAACGCCUCCCGAGAGGUGAAGCCCCGGGAGCUGCCUGGCUGUCGCCUCAUCCAGGGGAUCGAAACUGGCUCCGAAGACCUGGAGAUCCUGCCCCAAGGCCUGGCUUUCCUGAGCUGCGGCCUCAAAUAUCCCGGCGUGAAGAGCUUCGCCCCACACCAGCCUGGCGAAAUUCUCCUGAUGGACCUGAACGAGGAAAAGCCCGAGGCUGUGGCGCUGCCCAUCCACGGCGGGCUGGACAGGGCUUCCCUCAACCCCCACGGCAUCAGCACGUUCAUCGGGGAAGACGACAGCGUGUACCUGUUUGUGGUGAACCACCCGCACGCCCUGACCACCGUCGAGCUCUUUAAGUUUCAAGAGGACGACAGAUCCCUUCUGCACCUGAAGACCAUCCAACACGAACAGCUCCCCAACGUGAACGACGUCGUCGCCGUCGGCCCGGAGCACUUCUACGCCACCAACGACCACUACUUCACGGCCGCCUACCUCCGCUCCUGGGAGCUCUACUUGGGCCUGAAGUGGUCCAACGUGGUUUCCUACAGCCCGAGCGAGGUGCGGGAGGUCGCCGGGGGCUUCGACUUUGCCAACGGCAUCAACGUGUCCCCCGACGGGAAGCACCUCUACGUGGCCGAACUGCUGGGUCAUAAGAUCCACGUCUUUGAGAGACUUGCUGACGGCAGCCUCAGAGCACUGAAGGCCCUGACUUUUGACACGCUGGUGGACAACUUGUCCGUGGAUCGCGCCACGGGGGACGUGUGGGUCGGCUGCCACCCCAACGGCAUGAGAAUUUUCUUCUAUGACCCAGAGAAGCCGCCCCCGUCCGAGGUGCUCCGCAUCCAGAACAUUCUGUCCUCCAGCCCGACAGUGACGCAGGUCUACGCGGAAGAAGGCUUCGUCCUGCAGGGCAGCACCGUAGCCUCGGUGUACGAAGGGAAGCUGCUGAUCGGCACCGUGUUCCACCGCGCUCUGUACUGCGAGCUGUAGCGGCGCCUCCCGGGGGGCGGGGCCUCGGGGAGAAGCAAUCAAUAAAGAGGAGGCCGCCGCA